GUCAAAAGAGUUUUACGAAUAAUCAAGUUAACACCUUAAUAACAAUUACCUAAAACUCUGUCAUUUUAGUUGCAAGUUACAACUAUUGCAUAACGAUUAUUUUUUAUUGUGAUUAAACAUGGCAUCGACUUGGAAAAGUACAAGUGUCGACGAACGAAGCGAAACACCUGAAAAUUCUUCCCCGAAAUUUAAAAAGAGAAGUGGUACCAUAGACCUCGGCAAAGAGUACGAACAUCUCUACAUAGCGAAUUUAGUUUUAAAAUUAAUCAUUGACGACAAAGUGAAAAAUUUUCAUCUGUCGUCGAACGAUAGUGUAUAUGGUUCUUUCGGUGACGUUGUAGCUGAAAUUGAAUUCAAAGAUCACACCGAAAUUUUUGCUAUUCAACUGAAACACGUUAGUAAAUCAGGGGGAAUAACAAUUGAGCAGUUAAAUGCAUCAAGUGGAAAUUUCAGCUUAGAAAAGUAUUAUAAAGACUUCGAAAAAGAGCCGAAGUUGUCUGACUCGCGUAUCAAGAUGGUUUUGUUUACUAAUUCUAAGCUAAAUGAUGAACACCUAGAUAAGUUUAAAUUUGGCAAAUUGACGCCACAUGAACAAAACAGUUUGCUAAGUACACGUAUAUCCAAUUCGGGAGGACAGUGUUACAGAUUCGAAGAAAAUGAAGAUAAUUUUGAAAAAUAUGGAUAUUUUUUUAAAAAUUUGUAUCUUUAUACUGAUCAAGCUGAUGCCAAAGAACUAGAAACGUGUACACUUCAGACAUUCGAGACAUAUUUCAAAAGCAACGAAACCGUUUUCCGGGAGUAUCUACAUUUUAUAACCGAGUGGAGCAAGAAGGAAGGACACAAAUUCAAGUUAAAUAAAACAUGGAUGAAAAACAUGAUAAGCAAAAACAUUAUAAAUUAGUUAGUUAGUUUUUGUCCUCUAAUUAGGUUCAUUAUGUUAACCUGUUGGACAAAUAAAUAUUAUUAUUAUUAUUAUUAUAAGCCUUUGUGUGUUUUCAUUUUCUAUCAAGCCGUUGUCUUUUGUUGCCGAUGGAUCACUGGACGCUAAAAGAAAAAUGUUUAGACAAGCUGUUUCGAAAUUUGACUUAACCUUUCUGAAUAAAAACAAUUUCGAGAAAAUCGCCUCAGUUUGGUCAAAUGCUGUCGACGAUAUAUAUGAUAUGGAAGAAACGAAUAAAUUGAAUUACAAGUACCAACUUAUCAAAAACGGAAUAAAAACCAAAGAGAGUCUCUAUGAUCACGAGGCAAAAAAAGUAUCGAAGCUCAUGUGGUUGCUGGGAAAAACUCCGUUAGUCGUUGAAGGAUGCCCACAAGUCUAUGAAACAAUAAGAAUAUGUCAGGUUCAAAAUCUAAUUAUACUAGACGAUCGAGAAACGUUUAAUGAGUGUGUUAAAAAAAGUAAUACUAACCCCCGUCACGACAGUGCAGAUGGUCAACAAAAACCAUACUUCUUUGAAAAGUUGUCUGACUUAGAAAAACACCAACAGUUAUAUGAAGAAAUCCUAGCGAAUUUUACAUAUUCAUUGCAAGGACAAAAAGACGCUGAAUUGAAAUAUUUGCUAAAAAUCUGCGAAGAUAGCGGCGACUUCAUCACUACUGAUGAUUUAGUUGAAAUGAUGGAAGCUCCAUUGCUGAUUGGAAAAUGCAAAGAUGCUCUACCACCCAGUCAUGUUGAAAGAAAAUUGACGAAAAUUUUAAUAGAUGUAAAAUUUUUGAAACAAAUUACUGUAAAUACUAUUGUUUUAGUCGAUUGCGUAACAGAUGUUAAUUAUUUUAAACAAUUUUUACCAAAUUUAGUAAUCAGCGAAGUGCAUGACGUUGAGCUUAUUCAGAACACAAUUCGUAAACAAAGGAACUCUGCUUAUGGAAAUGAAGCUUCACAGGUGGGACUUUUUGCAACACGUGUUGACGCUUCCAAACAAUUUUUACCAGACUUACCAGUCGGCGAAGCGGUUAAUGUGAAACUCAUUCAGAACAUAAUUCAUGAUCAGAAGAUAUAUAUUUGUGAAAAGGAGAUUUCACAAGAGGAAUUUUCUGCAUUGUGUAAAAAAAAUUUAGAAAUUCAGUUUCAUCACUUCAGAUAUUUAGACAAUCAUCGUUUGGAAUGGAUGGAAAGUGAAAAUUUUGCCUCGGAACGAAAAUAUAUCAACGAACUUGAGAGGUUUCGUCUACAAAGUGACUUUAUGGAGUACAGUAUACGCGAGCGCCAGUACUUUAGUCAUUCUCGACAAAAUAUCAACAUUAUUUGCGCCGAUGCUGGAAUGGGAAAAAGCACAUUAACGAAGAGUUUAAAAAAUACUAGUAUGUCGACAAAGUGGUGUUGAGACGGAAACCGGGUACCUACCCCCACCUUCGAACGACAGGGACGGGCCUCUUGCAAGGGACAGGGUCCGAAAAAAUUUCAUAGCAUUUUAAGACAUUGUAACACGAGGUUCAAUAAAGAGUGUUAGUGGCAUCUACGGCCUUUUUCUUUUCUGCUGAGCCUCAUAGCUCGUGGCAGAUGGUCCUUCGAAUAUUAUACAAAACAUUGGUCCUUCGAGCCGGAUCGUAAUCAUCGAAUCAGAGGGAAGUUUAUGGGAGAUACCUCAUCAGGCUGCAGUGGCGUGUCCCCAGUCAAGGUGCGGUCGGGUGCAAUUGGUAAGUCUUUGUGCAUGUUGAUUCAGUUGGUGCAUUUCCUCUUAAGUCAACUAACCGUAUUGGUAUCACCAUAUAAACAGUUAUAUUUGUUAGUCAUUUUCAAUUCAACUUAAAAAAAAAACAUGACCGAAGAAGAACUUAAAGUAUUAAUAGCCCGUAGAGGUUUAAUAAAGGGUAAAGUAACGCGAAUCAAAUCGUAUGUAGAAAAAUUCACCGCAAGCGAUAAUACUCGUACGUAUCAGAUUAGGUCUAGAUUAUUAAAUUUGCGCGAGGCCUUUAGAGAAUUUGACAAUAUUCAAAAUCAAAUAGAAUUAAUUGAGUCUAGCGAAAGACAGAACAAAGAGCGAGAUGAGUUUGAAACCACCUAUUAUGAUUUAGAGGCACACAUGCAGCUUUUGAUCGACGAUGGAUCAACGAUCCCACCGUCAACCAGUAGUUCAGGUAGUAGGGAUACGACUAAUCAAUCGCGAGUAAUUAACCCGGUAAGGUUGCCCACAUUGGAAUUGCCGUCAUUUACAGGGAAUUAUUUGCAGUGGACCCCAUUUUCAGACACCUUUAAAUCGUUGAUUCACGAAAGUCAGUUGUACAGUGAUAUCGAAAAGUUUCAUUAUUUAAAAUGUUUAAAAGGCGAUGCUCAUAAAACUGUUGAAAUGCUUAGCGUAUCAGCUUCAAACUAUAAGGUCGCGUGGGAAUUGUUAGAAAAACGGUUCAAUAAUCAGCGGUUAAUUAUUCAAGAGCACGUGGUAGCUAUUUUGAAUACUCCACAAAUAAUUAAAAACUCAGCCUCUUCAUUGCGCAAAUUGUUAGACACCGUUAAAGUAAACAUGGAAGCACUAAAGGUGCUUCAGCAAGAUACCGAAAAGUGUGAUAUAUUUGUUGUUCCCAUUGUAGUGUCAAAAUUUGAUUUUCUUACAAAAAGGGAGUGGGAAUCAGGUUUAUCAAAUCAGGUACCGUCAUUGAAGGAACUGCUAGAGUUUUUAGAAAAACGAACCUUACUGUUAGAAUCGUUAAAUUCACAUGACAUGGGAAAUCAUAAAGUUCAAAAUACCUCGAAUUUUCAUAAGCAUUUCGCGAAAUCAAAUAACAACGUUACUAAAACUACUGCAUGCAACACAGGUCUAAGCAAUGAUAAUAAGGAUACGUUAAAAUGUUUUUUGUGUCAGCAAUCUCAUACGUUAUACCAUUGUCACAAAUUUCUUGCAUUGCCCAUAAUGGAAAGAUUAAAUAAGGUCAGAUUAUUAAAGCUUUGUCAGAACUGUUUUAGAAGAAACCACACAGUCGAUAAAUGCAAGGCGAGUUUAUGCAAAUUUUGCAAUGAGAGGCAUAAUUCUUUAUUACAUAUUGAUUAUCCCGCUACAACUAGCGAUAAUAACUCCAACAGUCAUUCAGGUUGUUUCACAUUCAAUGAGUAAGGAAUCCAGUACUCAGGCCUUAUUGUCAACAGCGAUUGUACUAGUUUUAAGUGUAAAAAACACUUGGGUAAAAUUGCGAGCUCUACUUGAUGUGGGAUCGCAACACAAUUUUAUAUCUGAAAAGGCGGUAAAACUUUUAGGGCUUGAAACUAAGAAAACUGAUUGGGUCAUCAAUGGCAUUGGCGAUUGUCAAGGUAGAAGUCGUGAUGCAUGCGAAAUUAUCAUUAAAUCUGUUUAUGGUGAUUCGCCAAACUAUGAAGUACAAUGUUUAGUUUUGCGUAAAAUUACUAAUAAUUUGCCAUUAAUCUCUUUGGAGAAACGCCAUUUAGAAAUUCCGUCUAAUUUAAACCUGGCCGAUGUAGAAUUUUUCAAAACGGGUGAAAUAGAUCUUUUAUUAGGAGUAGGCAUUUUUUGGAAAAUAAUGAAAAUGGGCCAAAUAAAAACAACAAAUGGUUCCCUACACUUCCAAGAAUCUUCGCUUGGCUGGUUGGCAGGCGGCGAUGUUCAAUGUCAUAAUCCUUUACCCUUCUCGGUAUGCCAUUUGUCUCUUAAUUCAAUAGACCGACAGAUUAAAAGGUUUUGGGAAAUUGAGGAAUGGCGUGCCAACGCAAAUAUUCCUUUCUCCGAAGAAGAGCGGAAAUGUGAACAACACUUUAUGAGUACCUAUAAACAAAAUGUAGACGGGCGGUUUAUCCUAAAAUUACCUUUCAAGGCGUCUUCCGAAAGAUUAGGAACAUCUGCAGAGGUAGCCAUAAAACGAUUUGCGGCACUUGAAAGAAAGUUUAUUAACGACCCUCCCUUAAAAGAGCGUUACAAGUCAUUUAUGGAAGAGUAUGAACAGUUAAAACACAUGGAACCAAUACCAUUAGCAUCAAUAACUGAUUCAAAUUGUUUUUAUUUGCCUCAUCACGCAGUGGUGCGCGAAACUCGGGAAUCUGUCAAAAUCCGAGUCGUAUUCGAUGCCAGUUGUAAAUCAUCGAGUAAUAUCAGUCUAAAUGAUAUACUAGCGGUUGGCCCAAAAAUACAGGAUGACCUAAUUUCCAUAUUGCUAAGAUUUAGAUUCCACAGGUACGUAAUUUCGAGCGACAUUAACAAAAUGUAUAGACAAAUAUUAAUAGCUCCGGAAGAUAGACAAUUUCAAAGAAUAGUAUGGCGUGAGGACGCACAUAAGCCGUUACGCGUCUUUCAGUUAAAUACAUUGACUAAUGGCACCGCUUCGGCGCCAUUUCUUGCGGUACGCUGUUUGCAACAGUUAGCCGAUGAAAAUCGUGAAAUAUACCCUAAGGUUUAUCCAGUAAUAGUACACGAUUUUUACAUGGACGAUGUACUCACAGGAGCCGACACAAUAGAAGAAGUUGUGAAAAUUCGAGACCAAUUAAUAGAGGUAUUAACAAGCGGGGGUUUUGAACUAAGGAAAUGGGCGUCGAACAACUCAAAUAUUUUACCUGAUGAUAUUUCCCUGAAUACUUCGGAUACAAACGGUCAAAACAAUGAUUUUAUCAGUUUUGAUAAAGAGGGGGAGUCAAAAACUUUGGGUCUUUAUUGGAAUUGUAAACAGGAUUCGUUAAGGUAUAACAUCAAUUGUGAUUAUAGGUCGCAUGAAAACUUCACAAAACGAAAAAUAUUAUCAAUUGUCUCCAAAAUAUUCGAUCCUUUAAACCUGGUUGGCCCAGUUUCUGUAAAGGCCAAGUUAAUUAUUCAAAAAUUAUGGGAGUUAAAAUUAGGGUGGGAUGAAACAAUUCCCUCUGAAACUAUGACUAUUUGGCUACAAUUAUUAAAAGAAUUACCUAUUUUGAAUAGUUGCUUAACUCAGCGUAGUGUAAUCGACAAAUACCCGUAUUGUCUUAUCGAAAUUCAUGGUUUUUGCGACGCUUCGCAACGUGCCUAUGGAGCCUCUCACUAUGUACGUACCAUCGCCGCGGACGGUACGAUUUCGUGUAACUUGUUAUGCAGCAAAUCAAGGGUUGCACCAUUACGCACAAUAACCAUCCCGCGGCUCGAAUUAUGUGCAGCAUUAUUACUAUCGAGGCUGACGAAUACCGUGAUUAAAAAUUUAAGACUGUCAAUCAAUUCUGUUUUUUACUGGACAGAUUCUACUAUAGUACUGGCAUGGUUAGCAACCUCGCCAUCGACGCUGAAUACCUUUGUCGCUAAUCGAGUAAGCGAAAUCCAAAAUUUAUCCACUGUGGAUACAUGGCAACAUGUAAACACAAAGGAUAACCCAGCCGACAUAAUAUCGCGAGGAGCUUAUCCCAGUGAGCUUCUCAAGUGUGAUUUAUGGUUUCACGGACCGUAUUGGUUAAGGGAAUCGUCAGAAAAUUGGCCAAAACCGCACCUACAGCCUACCGAAGUACCUGGAUUAAAGGGCGUUGCACUCAUAUCCGGAAACAAUUUUGAAGUUCCAAUUUUAACACGAUAUUCCUCCAUCUCAAAAUUAAAAAGAGUAAUGGCCAUAUGUUUAAGAUUUACUCAUAAUUGUAGAAAUAAGCAUGACAGACGAACAGGUUCGUUGUCGCUAUUAGAAUUGACGCAAGCAUUUCAAGUCAUUUUGCAUCUUGUACAAGGUAUAGAGUUCCCACAAGAACUAAUUAAUCUAGGUACUAAAGGACAAGUGCGUUCUAAUAGCAAAUUAAAAACAUUAAAUCCAUUUCUGGAUAAAUCGGGAUUAAUCAGGGUAGGUGGCAGGCUGCGUAAUUCGAACAUUCAAUUUGAUCAAAAAUUUCCGAUUAUGCUUCCAAAACAUCAUAUAACGCGGUUAAUUAUAAAGGAAGAACACGUGAUACAACUACAUUCGGGACCAACAGCCACCUUAUCGGCAGUAAGACAAAGAUUUUGGCCACUCGCAGGUAAAGACCUGGUCCGUCAGGUAAUACACAAUUGUACCAUUUGCGCUAGAUUCAAGGCGGAACAGGUAACUCCAAUAAUGGGUGACCUACCAUCGGUGCGUAUUACUCCAGCCAGGCCGUUUUUAAAUAGCGGCCUAGAUUAUGCGGGACCUCUUAUCAUAAAAGAUGGUAAAACACGCAACAAAAAAACUCUUAAAGCUUACAUCGCGCUCUUUGUUUGUAUGUCGACUAAGGCUGUUCAUUUAGAAUUAGUUUCAGAGUUAACCACAGCAAAUUUUCUGGCGGCAUUAAAGCGAUUUGUGUCUCGUAGGGGCGUAGCAUCUAAUAUUUAUUCAGAUAAUGCUACUAAUUUUGUCGGGGCUCACAACGAACUCCAAAUCAUGUUCAAGCAGCGUAGAGUUAGUAACGACAUAGAAACAUUUUUAGAAAACAAAAAUAUUAAAUGGCACUUUAUCCCUGCCCGGGCGCCUCACUUUGGAGGCAUUUGGGAAGCAGGAAUUAAAUCUGCUAAAUAUCAUUUAAAGCGAAUAGUUGGUUCCUCGGUUUUGACUUUUGAGGAAGUGUCUACUGUCUUGGCAUGUAUAGAGGCGUGCCUGAAUCCGCGCCCCUUGUGCCCGCUUCGGCGGAUCCUAACGACUUGGACGUACUCACACCGGGCCAUUUUUUGAUCGGGUCACCCCUAACCUCGAUUCCGGAGCCAGACCUCAUUGACGUCAAGACCAAUCGGCUCACUCGCUGGCAACUCGUGGAGCAGAUGCGGCAACAGUUUUGGAGGCGCUGGUCGAAGGAAUAUUUAAGUACCUUGCAGAAUCGGACCAAAUGGAGCCAACAAGGAUCUGCCAGGUUGAUGCCGGGAAGUCUGGUCCUGCUAAUGGACACCACAGCCCCACUCACGUGGAAGCGGGGCCGCGUCACCGAGCUACAUCCAGGGAAGGACGGCGUCACCAGGGUGGUCUCCGUCAGGGUGGACCACAAGAUCGUCAAACGUGCGGUACGAACAUUGUGUGUGUUACCAUGUGCUCGGGAGUGAUUUAUGGCCAUUUUGCGUUAGCAGUGAAAGUGAUCAACAAUUCUGCACGAACAAUUAUUGUAUUCACUGUUACAUUUUUUAUUGUUUACUGGAUUGUGUAUUCCAGUUGGAACUUAUUGUAUUUGUUACAUUAAUCGACAUUUAUUGUAAUAUUUUAAAACUUUACACUUUUGAAACCUACGCUUCAAGGGGGCCGGGAUGUUGAGACGGAAACCGGGUACCUACCCCCACCUUCGAACGACAGGGACGGGCCUCUUGCAAGGGACAGGGUCCGAAAAAAUUUCAUAGCAUUUUAAGACAUUGUAACACGAGGUUCAAUAAAGAGUGUUAGUGGCA